CAAAACACAAAAGAACCUCAGGAUGUCUGUGAUUCAGCAAGGGACGGCAACACUUCGUAAAGCAAAGAAAAUCACUGUAAAAACGUGUCUAGAUAACCCCUUUGUUUUUCAAUGGAAACCCAUAGAUGGAGAAGAUAUGCAUUUUAUACUACAGACCUUAGAAGAAAGGAUUAAACAUACUGGACUUAAAAAGAUUGAGACUCCAAGAAAGAAAAAACGUUCCCUUACAAAAAAACAAGUGGAAAGAAAGUGUGAUGCUAGCACCAAUGAACUCCCUAAAGAAGAGGAAGCAGAAGUCCUUCGACAAAAAACAGGGUGGACUGACAUAAAUAUCAGAAGACAGCUUGCUAUUGGGGUUAACGAAGUUACAAAAGCAUUGGAAAAAAAUGAACUACUCCUCUUGCUGGUGUGCAAGUCUGCAAAACCUGCCAUGAUCACAUCGCAUCUUAUUCAGCUGAGCGCAAGUCGAGCCACACCAGCAGGCCAGGUUCCCCGUCUCAGUGAAACAGUUGCGCCACUUCUUGGCUUAACAUCCAUUUUAGCGCUAGGCUUUAAAAAGCAGUCUGAUAAAUUUACCGAAGCAAUAGAAGCAAUAAUUCCAAAGAUACCAGCUUUGGAAGUGCCAUGGUUUCAGUACAGAGCUGAAGAACCAGUGGCUUACGCACAUACAGAUUCUUCAGAAAAUCAGGAACCCGAGCAGCUUGCAGGGGCGCUGGGGGAUGAGCUCACAAGCCAGAAGCGGAAGCGUACAGAAAGCAAUCAGCUGGAUCUUUCAAAUGUAAUCUUGCAGCCUUUGAAAAUCAAGAAACUUGUUCCAAAUCCAAAUAAGAUAAAGAAGCCACCUCGCAAAAAGAAGAAAGCUUUUUCAGCAUAA